UAUAUACUUGUGGGAUAUUUUUCCAAGGCGAAAGGCGUUUUGCUUGACUAGACUGCACGUUGGUUUAUAAAAUCUGGAUCUGCGGGUUCGGGCUGCCAUCAGUCUGGGAUAUUUGUUUCUAAAGACAUAGGGUGAAUCGGGGAAACUCUUUACGACUCGAAUAUCAUCAUGUUUCAUUCAUCGAAACCAUAUUCGGCCGUGUCUGUGCAGAUUGAGGUCCUAACUAGUGAACAAUAUGAUGUUGAAGACUCUAGUGGCAUCGUUGAUCUCAUUGAAGCCGUAAUGAUACAGGGCAGUGGCCCGACCGAAGCAAGCCGCGCCCUGCGUAAGAAGCUUAAAUAUGGAAACCUGCACCGCCAAUUAAGAGCUCUCACUAUCCUCGACUUCCUGAUCCAAAAUUCUGGAGACCGCUUUUUACGGGAAUUUGCUGAUGAACCCCUACUGGAACGGUUGCGAAUUGCUGCUACGGACCCUGUUUCUGAUCCUCAGGUCAAAGAAAAAUGCAAGCAACUCUUUGGACAAUGGGCCGUGUCCUAUAAGAACACGCCCGGCAUGGAGCGGGUGACAGCUCUCUAUAAGCAAUUACCAAAACGCAAGCAGCCGGCCAACCAGGCCAAAGCCAAGGUUCUCCGGGACACUGGCACUUCCGACGAGCCUCCAAUGGGUCAUACUGUAUCGAUCUCUGCGGGCAAUGGACCAGCCACAGUUCUUAGUGGCCCCAAGCACAAGCAUACCUCCAGCAAAUCACUCAAAAAGGAAAAGAAAGAGAAGAAAGUUCGAGAUAAGAACUUCAGUCUUGAAAGGGAGAAACCAGAAAUGUUGCAGACACUCGCAUCUGCAUCUGUCGCAAGCACAAAUCUCCUAAAUGCACUAAAGCUGGUCAAUAGAGAAACUCAACGGGUAAGCGAGGAUGCAGAGGUCCUCAAUCGGUUCGAAAAGUGCAAGCAACUCAGGCGUCAGAUUCUUCGUUAUAUCCAACAUGUAGAAAGCGAGGAAUUUCUUGGUAGUCUCAUACACGCUAACGAGGAACUUGUCACCGCCCUCAUGGCGUUCGAAGUCUUAGACAAGAGUGUGGAUUACGACAGCGAUAGCGAUCAGGAUGUGCUUGAGUCUGGCUGGAGUCCUGACCGCGAUGAUCUCCAGGAGUCAUUUGCGGGGCUUGUUGUUAACCCUCCAAGGCCACCACGGCCCGUUCGGCCAAUGUCUAUAUCUAUCCCCUCAUCUUCGAAGCAGCGGGUGUAUCGCAGUGAUAGUGAGUCAGCAACAGACGAAGACGAUGAUGAGGAUAACCCAUUUGGCGAUCGCAAUGCCAUUCGUACGCCCAAUAUUGAAAUGUCCCAACCCAUCUGGAAAGAAGUUUAGAUUGGGCGCAGCAUGUCUUACUUUCUACCCUUCUUUCAAUUUAUAACCGUGGAGCUUUGCAUUACCCAUUAACGGAGUUACGUGCCCGAUGAUAAUGCUAUUAAAGAUUGAUCACGACGUUGCUUGCUUGGAGUACGACCUAUGACUGAAAUGGCGGUGUUUUUUUCUCUCUUUUUCUUUUUUUCUCUUUCUUAGUAUGCUUCGGAUGUAUGACUAAAUAUGAGGAAUACUACUAUACCAAUAAAC